CGGACCGGUUCCGAACGCCGUCGUUUCACGGAAGUUGGGAGUUCAAAGCCAAUCUCCUCUUUUCUAUUCACGACUCCUUCCCACCAGCACCAUAGCCGGACUGCUGAAAUGGAUACCCUACUCCAAUCUUCUUCUUCUUCCUUGCUCCCCCAAUUCUCCACUCCAACCACUUCCUUCACGCCAUUCACCACUGUAACACUUACCACGCGGAACCAUGCUCGACCCACCACCGUGACUAAACUCUUCGCCGCUAAACAGACGCAGAAAAUGAGCGAAGAUAUGCCGCUGACAGAGGUGGAAGUUGACGGUUAUGGCGGCGGCGAUGAAUUCCCUGAGGCAGACUUAUUUAGUAGCGGGAGGGGAGACGACGACAAGGGUUAUGACAGAGACCCUGAACUUGCCGAGAUUAUGGGGAGCUGUCUCGUUGAUCCUGAAAAGGCUCAGUCACGAAUGGAAGAGAGGUUGAGGAGGAAAAGGAACAAGAUUCUGCACCCAAAGACUGGUUCUUCUACUCCCAUGAAAGUCACCUUCAACAGAUUUGAAUUCUCAAACUCGUACAUUUGGUUUGAGUUCUAUAAUGCUCCCUUGGAGAAAGAUGUAUCCUUAAUAUGUGAUACGAUUCGGUCAUGGCACAUCAUCGGCCGUCUUGGUGGUUGCAACUCCAUGAAUAUGCAGUUGUCACAAUCGACCUCUGAUAAGAGGCCAACCUAUGACUACAUUCAGGGAGCAAAUGUGACUCCGACCACCUUUUAUAACAUAGGGGAUUUCGAGAUGCAAGAUAACUUGGGACGGAUAUGGGUCGAUAUUGGGACUAGCGAGCCAUUACUGCUGGACGUGUUGAUAAAUGGAUUGACCCAGAUCAGCUCCGAUUACGUUGGAAUCAAGCAACUAGUUUUUGGGGGGUCAGAAUUCGAAAACUGGAAGGAGAAUUUGAACUCAGAGGAUGCCGGUUGCAGCGUUCACAAGAUUUAAGCUUUUUCAUCGCAAAGAUGAUUUUAUAACAGACAUUUGGCAAUGAGUUAGAACUGUUGUAAUUGCUCAAACCUUCUACCUAGAACAAUAACAGAAUCAAAUAGCAAGUUUUAUGCCCAAUAUCUGAAUGACCAAAAGCCUCAGUUCAUCCUCACAACUUGAUCUAAUUCCUAAAUCCAUAUGGUGUUGUUUGUUUCGAUGAGUUGGAUCAGACCUGCAGUUGAACCUUCUGGGCAACAGAUUUGAUCACAUUGAGCCUUUCAUCGACCAGUUGCUUCAAUUGCUCCUCCUGUUGCUUGGUUUGAUCUUCAUCCAACUCAACCGAACUUGGUUUCCCAUCCUUGGUCUUGAACAUAA